CUCUUUUACUUGGAUGUUUUAAUGCACACUCCAUCUCUGAAUCUUUCCAUUCUUCUACACCUCACCACGCAUACUCUUGAACAAACCAUUCCACAACUCUACCAUGUCGUCCAGGUCCCAGAUUAUCGAGAGUCUAUCGUUGAUUCCAACGGCAGAACUACUGAAUCAUCUUGACGAAGACACCCUCUUCUCUUUGUCUGAACAGUACUGCAAGGCCACCAUGAGAUCACAUAUCACGCAGGAUCGCGACGCGAAGCGCUCUCUUGAAUCGAACGCUGUUACCGUUCCGCCAACGCCAAAGACAAAACGCCCUCUGAACGGUUUCAUGGCCUUCCGGAGCUACUACCUGAAGAUGUUUCCUGAAGUUCAACAAAAAUCAAUCUCCGGCUUUUUGCAAUCGCUCUGGAGCCAAGAUCCGUACCGAAACCGAUGGGCUUUGGUUGCCAAGGUCUACUCAUUCAUACGCGAUGAGAUUGGCAAGGAGCGCAUACCUCUGUCGAACUUUCUCUCUACAUGUUGUCCGAUCAUGAAGAUCAUUGAGCCCUCAACAUACCUCCCAAUGCUUGGCUGGCACAUCACUGAAGUGCCUGGCGGCAACUCCCAACUGAUCCGCCACGAUUCUUCCGUGGGUCCUGCACACGACGAGCUUGAGAUACAGAACUACCCGCGUACCGAAUUCGAUCUCCUCUGUGCUACCUUGAGUGCUGGAUUUCUUCCCACCCAUAGCUCUCGCCUCAUCCAGAAGCUGAGCAGCAAGCGCAGCUGCAUGAUCGAUGCCUCUUCCCGAAGCUCCAGAAAGGGUUCAAAGCAGGUGUUGGCUACCAAGUCGAAAUUCAUUCACACCAUACAGAAGAACCCCCUCAAGGCAGCUCAGGAUGUUUUUGCUUCCUCACAAGAUGACUCUACACUCCACGAGACCGGAUAUCGUGUGCUGCAGGUCGACAGCUUGCAGAAUCUUGACCAUCUGCCACUGAACUCUUGCGAGCCACCUAAGCUUUUCAGCUUCCCAACAACACACGCACACAUGGGCUUUGAGACAGAUGCCAUGUUCAACUUCGAGCAGAUACCGGAACAUGAUUGUUAUGAUCUUGGCGAUCCAUACGAGAUGGGCAACAUCACGAACUUGACAGGCGCGCAUGACACCCAAGGAAUUCAUUUACACCAAAGCCCUCCAUUCUCACCGGGGCUCGAUUUCCAGCAGCUCUUCUGAAUAAUAUGGCGAUUGGGAGUUGCUGAUUUUACAGCGAUGCGUCUUUCAUUGUUUUAUCUUAGGUGCAGGAUGUGGUCGGCGUUCAGGACAUUUUAGAGGAGGACAAACUCGUCCAGGCUCCCACGAGCCAUUUCAUAGCGGGGGAUAUCAUGGUUUGCGUAUUUGAUUUCCUACACGCAGGAAGAAGUGUCUUGUCUCGCGGCUCGGGUUCAUACAUGACGUCUUCACGAUCAAUCAUAGCUGUAUCAACUCAGUUUCCUCUUCCAUGUUACCCAAAUCCAAGUUGACGAUGAACAGGCUCUCCUCUGGCCAGAAAGGUGACCUGACAAUGAGAU